AUGUCGGACAUGACCGAUGAAGAGUUGGACAAGUACUUUGCGACCUACGUUCCGCUGUCGAACCUCCCAACGCCGCCGCCCGUCAGGGACACCCUCUCCGAUACUCCCUCCGCAUCUGCGCUAUUACCAUCAUCAAGUCUACCUUUGUUGAACCCCCAGGUAGCGCAAGAGGCUCCUGAGCUAGAAGUCUACGCUACACAACUCUCCAACCUCGUCCCCAGCAACGCAUCUCCUCACCGACCAUCCCUCCCCGUCGUCCGCGGCAUCCUGGAGCGCUCCAAGCUGCCCGUCGAAAUCAUCGCCUUCGCAGCCUGCAUCCUCGACGCCCUGACGCAGCGCUUCGCCAGCUCGUGGCGAGCAUGCCUCACCCCUGGAUCAUCCCUCACGUCCAAGUUUGACCUCACCACCCAACCGUCCUCGUCAUGCCCAGAACUCAUCCUGCUCUCCGCCCUCGCCUUGGCCCAUGACUUCAUCGACGACCGCAGCCGCUCCACCAGGCACUGGUCGCUCAUCGAAUCGCGGUCCCUCUUCUCCGUCCGCCACAUCGACGCAACCAAGUUCUGCAUCCUCGAGGACAUGCACUUCGGCCUCUUCCGCAUCACCCCGGAAAUGGUCGACGCCAAGGUCCGGGAUCUCCAACGGCCAGCAGCCCUCGCCCUCGCCCUCCCGAAGUCGUCAGCAGGAAAGAGGAGGAACACGUGCUGCGAGACGGACGACGACAGACGCCCGCACCCUAGGAUGUCGCUCGAUUUGCCUCGUGCGGCGGUAUGGGUGCACGGCAUGCAGACUCCGGAGCCGAGUCCUUGA